AUGGAGCAAACGCCGGCCGGCCGCACGCGCGCCGCGCUGGCCGAGAUCCCGUUCCGCCUGGACCGCCUGCGCGUGUCCCCUCCCCCCGCCACGCUCACCGUCACCCUCGCCGCGCUGGCCGGGAUCCCGGGCGCCAGGACCCCGGGCGCCGGGACCCCGGGCGCCGGGACCCCGGGCGCCGGGACCCCGGGCGCCAGGACCCCGGGCGCGCGCACGCCGCUGGCGCCCCGCGCGGCGCCGCUGCAGCCGCUCGCCAACACGAGGCUGACCCCUAACGCGAGGGAGCGGUCGCCGGCGCUGCCGCCCGGGUAUCUCAGCCCGGCGGCCUCGCCCGAUGAGCUGCUGAUACAACAACGAGGUCGCAAGCGGUUGCCGGUAACCUGGUCUCCCGACAUUGAUCUGAAGCGCCAAUCCUUCCACUCAACAGUCCGGACGCCACCCAAAGUCCUCCCCGGCCGUCUCUCCCCGCCCAAACCCGGCGUCACUCUCCGCUCGACGCCAAGAAAACGCCUCAUCCUAGACGACAGAAUCCCGCUCACGCCAGAAAAAAUAGAUUUCAGCGACAUCAGCACCCCUCAGAAAUUCAAAAUCACCAGCCCUGUUAAAGGCACACCGCCUAUCAAGCGUCCUCGUAUAGAGAGGACUCUUGAAGCAGAUUUUAAGAGCCCGAUUGAUAUGGCUUUGAAAGGAUUAAGCCCGACUCAACUAAUCAAUGUGAUUAAAACUAUAACUUGCAAGCACCCUGAAAUCGAGAAGGAGAUUCGGAUGGAAAUACCGGUUCCAGAUUUAGCGCCGCUCGAAGAACGCUUAAGCUAUUUGAAGUCGAACAUAUUUAAAAGUUUACCAUCUUCGCGUUUGACAUCCAAAACCGAUUCGCCGGCGUAUUCGAGGGUCGCUACGCAUUUAGGCGCGUUCAAGAAGUGCGUUAUCGAGCAAGGGAAGACUUUAGUGGAGUCUCAGCACUGGAAUAGUGUAAUGGACUACGUUUUUCUGGCUUGGAGCUACGUAAGGGCAACGCCAGUAUGGGACCACCAGCCGCAUAACGCGGGUAGAAAGCAGUGUUUCAAAGCGCUGAUCAACUUUUGCAUGAGUGCGUUAAAGAAGGGUACGUUUGAUAGGGAGUUUCUGGUGGAUGUGCAGGAUAAACUGCAGGGAAUGGUUUCUGAUGCUGAGGAAAUACAUUCCUGCCUCAAAUAUGUUCAGGGACAGCUGCAGGAGUUUUAGUCUGAUGAUAUAGGUAUAGGUACUGCAUAGAGGAGUCACGCACACAAUCACACGUCAUGUACCGUCAAUAAACCUA